GAAAUGUAAGACAAUUAUUCGAGUUGCCAGAGAGAGGAACUCUGUACUGAGAAUUAUCAAGAUCCACUCCAGGCCAGCUACUGAUAUCCCCAGGAUACAUCCCACAACAGUUGCCUAACUCCCAGGCUUUCAGGUCAACUGGUACACUCAUAGUUAGCAAAAGUGUUUACGAGGGAGCGGAGAGCGAGGCACAGUGAGCAAGGCAUUUCUGAAGGAAGUUUCCUGCUAGCGACGGUGACUUGAGAUGGUGACGAAGGCUAUGUUUAAGAUCCCGUGUUCCCGCCUUCCUCCUUGUCGUCUGAGGCGCCCUGACGCCCUUCACGCGCCUGUGAGUCUACUACACUAGUCUACCUCGUCGCCUCACGCUCAUUGCGCUAAGAGCGUCACCACCUCGUAUGGCGUCAAACACCCUGGCCAGCUGGCUGCUGGUGGUGGCGUGGGCGUGUGGGCGUAGUGGGGCGGGCGUGGCGGCGCCGCCCACGCCCCUGCGUCUGACCGUGGCCCUGCCUGGAGGCGGAAACCACACCCUCCAGGUCCAGGUGGACCCCCACGCCCUCGCUGACAUUGGCGUGACCAAGGAGGAGCUGGAGGCCACCCUACUGCAGGCUGACGAGCAGCACAUGCUGAAGGAGGUGGUAAUCGGAGAGCGAACCAUCCCUGUCUACUGGAAUAUCUCCAGCGUCAUCUCAGACUUCCUUGCCGUCAAGACGGUGGACGGAGGAAGAGUUCUCGUCUCCAUCAAGAACUAUACUAACGUCUCCCUGCACGACUUUGACGAGGACCCGAGUCUGAGGCCGGCCUCCGUGGACCUGACCUGGACGCUGCCUCCUGCCUUACACUCCAGGGUGCUGGAGGUCACCCUCACCUCCGGGCCCCACCACGCCUCAGUCUCCAUCAACGACACUCUAGUGAUGACAAGGAGCAGCACCCUGACGAGGCCGCAGCAUAGACCGUGGGCGAGGCUGGACCAGUACGGUGGGUGCUACCUGCAGGUGCUCAACCCCCACACUGGUCGCGUCACUCUCACCCACUACUUCAACACUGUCACCCCCUUGCUGGACCUGGAGCUGGCACGCACCCUUCAGCACCUCAGGGAGGGCAGGGUCGCCCUCAUCACCUCCUACCACGACUGUUCCAUGGUUCUGGAGCCCGAGGCGAGGAAGGUCCUCCACUCCCUCGGGUCGUGGGCGGCCCAGCACCUCAGUUUCGGUGAUGGAUGGGCGUGGGUGUGGCGAGUGGGCGGCCCUACCCUGGCCGAGGCACUCCUGGCUAACAUGGACGAUAUUUACCAGUCGCUACGCCCCCUCCACGCCGCCCAACGCCCCCUCCACGACGCUCAACGCCCCCUCCAUCUCCACCUCAACAUACCUCAACACCCAGAAGACCGACUAUGCAGCAGCUGGCCCUCUGGUGGCGAGUGGGAGAAGCGACACUACUUCUGUGACCUGUAUGAUGGGUACGGUGACCUCUGCUCCUGUGAUGACCUGCUCCCGGCCCGUCCAUACCCAGCCCCCAGGCAGGGAUGGUGGCGGGAGAACAUGGUCAUUGUCGUGCUGGCGUGGAACAGACCUCGAUACUUAUACAGACUUCUGCAUCAGCUGCUGCGUCAGCCUGGCGUCAGACCUGCCCAGGUGCUGGUCUCUGUGGACGGCGUGGAGGACGAGCCCAUCCGGCUGGUGGAGGUGUUGGGCCUCCGCUACCUGGUUCACACCCCCGAGGGCGACCUCGCCUCCCCCAGGAUCUCCAGACACCUGAGGUUCGCCCUCUUCAAGGCUCUGGAGACGUUUGAAGAUGUUGACAAGUUUAUCAUCUUGGAGGAGGACUUGAUACUCGCUCCGGACUUCUUCUCGUUCAUGCAGCAGACGUCGGUUCUCCUGGAGGUGGAGGAGGACUCGCUGUACGGGGUGUCGGCCUUCUCCCACCUGAGCUCCUCGCACACCUCCAGCGACCUCACGCGACUUCAGAGGGUCACCUCCUUCCCCUCCUGCGGCUGGAUGACCACCAGGACCUUCCUGACGGAGACGCUGCCCAAGUGGCUCCCUGUCUAUGCGACAGCUGACUGGGACUUCUGGAUGGGGACGCCGCUGGUCCGUGGGGCCCGGGAGCUGGUGCUGCCGGAGGUGUCCAGGACGUCCCACGGCGGCAUGUUGGGGGCCCACAUGGACGGUGACGUCACCACAUGGUACCACAACACCCCGCUCUCCACCCGCGCCCAUGUUGCCCUCAACCUCACCGCGGUGAGGAAGACGCCUUAUGAGGAGAGUAUUCUGGAGGAGCUGAAGAAGGCGCAGCCCCUCGAUGUGUCUGACCCACUCAACCUCGAGGUCCCCCAUGCUCAGGAGGGCGUGUGGGUGGCGCGGGUGAGGAUGCUGGACUCUGAGGACAGUCUGGCCUUCCGGAUGCUGGCCCAGGCGCUGAACCUAUGGCACGCUGACGCCCGCGAUCACCACUUCGGGCUCUGGAGACUCCCUUACUACAGUGCUCUGGUGUUUGUGGUGGGGGUCCCCUACUCCAGGUACAGUUCCCUGGUUCAGGGUGGCGGGCAGGUCCUCGUCUCUACACCUGACCUUCGUGAACGCUUCCUCAAGAAGCUCGAGACGAACUCACCGAUGGUGUUUCAUCAACCCGAUGACUUCCGUCAGAUCUUGGGCCUGACGGAGAAGAAGAAGAGAUGAGGCAGCCUAUCUGAGGAGUGGUAGCGGGUGUUCUAUAAGGGGCAGUUGGGAUGGCCAAAGUUGAGUGUAUUCAACCCGUCCUCGACUCAAGUCCAUUACAUCCAGCGGUCAACCCCACAGACGCAUUCAUAAAUUUGAAUAUGCUGUUCAUUCAAAAC